AUGCAAGUCAACUCUGCUGUUGGCUGUGCUUUGAAAAAUUUUCGCCGCAAUAUCACCUCGGGUGUGAGGUCAACAGGCAUAGAUAGACCUGUUUCGUUAGGUUUUCAUAAGAGUCACAGCUUGACUAGUCUGUCUUCUAUAAAUUCCAUAUCUGCUGGAAAUCCCAGGACAAUCUCCACGAUUGAAAGACAACAGACCACAUUAAAAAUGGCCGAAUCUAAACCUCUCCGAUAUGUUGAUAUCGGUAUCAACUUGAGUGAUCCCGUUUUCCGCGGUAAAUAUCACGGAAAGCAGGCCCACGAAGACGAUCUCGACGACGUUAUCCAGCGUGCUCGCGACGUAGGCUGCUCAAAGUUCAUGGUAACCGGCUCAGAUCUUGUAGAAUCGAAGCACGCUGUCCAUAUCGCCAGCAAAUACCCGGGCUUUUGCUAUGCAACCGUUGGUGUGCAUCCCUGUCAAGCAAAACUCUUCGACAAAUACCCAAGCGGCCCAGACAAAAUGUUGGCCGAGCUUCGUACUCUAGCAAUUGAAGGCACAAAAGCCGGCCAUGUUGUCGCAUUCGGCGAAAUCGGCCUGGAUUAUGACCGACUGUUCAUGAGCGCCAAAGAGCCACAACUCAAAUAUUUCGAAGCCCAACUAGACCUGGCUGUUGAGAUUCAGCUCCCUUUAUUUCUCCACUCCAGAGCUGCAAGCGAGGACUUUGAGAGACUCCUUGCCCCGAGGCUUGCAAAGCUUCCCAAGCGGGGACUUGUGCACAGCUUCACGGGAACAAUGGAUGAAAUGAACCGGAUGGUUGCGCUGGGCCUUGAUGUCGGUGUUAACGGGUGCAGUAUGAAGACUGAGGAGAACCUGGAGGUUGUCAAGGCUAUUCCACUCGAUCGGCUACAAAUCGAAACUGAUGGGCCUUGGUGUGAAAUCCGUCCUUCUCAUGCAUCUGCCAAACAUUUAGAUGGUGCGCCGGAUCUACCGAAGGCUGUGAAGAAGGAGAAAUGGCAGAAGGGGUGUAUGGUGAAGGGUCGGAAUGAGCCUGUGGCCAUUGCUCGUGUGGCUCAUGUUAUCGCUAGCGUUAAGGGUAUCACUGUGGAGGAAGUUUGCGAAGCUGCUUGGAAUAACUCUAUUAGAAUGUUUGGGUUGGGCGAGGAGUCACCUUGA